AUGUUGGUGGGCCAGCCUGCCAUUGUAUCACUACCUCAUUUUUACCAAGGUGACCAGUCUCUUGUCGAUGCAUUCGACGGUUUACAUCCGACCAAAGACGUCCAUCAAACAUUCCUUGAUGUAGAGCCUUACACUGGUGCACUGUUGCGUGCUUCAAAGCGACUUCAGGUUAACAUAUGGCUACAAAAAAUAUCAAGGUUUACGGAAACAGAUCACUUGCCUGAUUUUCUACCAUUCCCAGUCAUGUGGUUAAAUGAGAGUGCCUUAGUUGAAGAAUCUACAGCAGAUGAGCUAAAAAGUCAGCUGUUAACAGUGAUAAAAGUAUCCCAAGGUGGGGAAUAUGCAUUUAUAGCUAUAGGGUCCAUUAUGGUCCUAGUGGUGAUAUGCAUCGCUAUCUUUAGGUGUCAGAGACAGCGGGAUGACCAGCUUCUCCAUAGUGUUAACACAGAUGACAGAUCAGAUUAUGGAGCAGUUGGUUCUCGAGAGAACACAUACAACAAUGGACACAGCACUCAGAUGUGACAUUGGUGAUGCAGAUACUUGUUAAUAUAUGGCUUUAUUGGCACAAAAAAUUGUACAGUUUCAACUGUUAGUAGUUUAUAAGAGAAAAACAGUGAAAAGAAAAAAAUGUGA